AUGGACCAGGAUGCCGAUGGAACAUCAAUUAUAUUGAGUUAUUUUGAUCCCUUUGAUCUUUUUGAAAGUAUCAGGGACGAAUUCAGGAAAAUCUUCCCUUUAGAAAAUGUCCAUUGGAAGUCCCCAGCUGGCUCAAUUAGGACCAUUGGUAGACUUCCAGUCAGCUUACACGCAGCAAAUCACAAUGGGCAUGGAAAAUUAGGUAUGAACAGUCCCUUCAUUAAUUUUAUCAUCGUAAAUUGUAUAUCUGUCGAUGAAUAUCGGUCGAAAGUUCGUCCACUUAUAAGGCAAUGGCUGCCGGAAGUACAAGGACAGGAUACAGGUAGUCAACAUGAAUUACAGCUGCCAAGUGUGCCCAUUAUCUUCUUAUAUGCUAAUGCUGAAAUCAUUGAUAUUAAUAUCUUCAAGACAAUGUCUAUAAUGGAGAAAAUUGAAAAGGAUUUCCCUGACGUACAAGCGCUAGAGUUAAAGUCUGUAUACAAAUCUCCCAAGGAAAAAGAAGCAUUUUGGAAUCAAUUGAGCCAGAAUAUCAAGUCAUAUUUGUUGAAGAUAUUUCAGCAACGCUUAGACUAUUUAAAAAACGACCUUGGUAAACAUCACGGUCAACCUCCAAGCGUUGAACAACUAGUAAUACAGGAGCGAUUAUUAGAUUUAUACUCAGAAUUUAACAUUGUAGACGAAGGAAUUAGUCAACUGUCCAUGAUCAAAUCAUUACUAAGAAAAUUGUUGCUGAUGAAUGAUACCCUAAAGCUGAAAGAUCAUAAACUUGAGAACCAUUUUGCUGUCUCCUCAGAUGAAAACUCACAAAUAUCAGUAUCUGAAAGCUUGAAAAAUGGAACUUUGACCGAAUACGGCUAUCAUAAAUACUUUUUCGUUAAAGAACUUCACUUUUUAUUGCAUAGUGAAUUGAAUGCAACAGCUUACUUGAAAGUUUACAAAUUACUCCGGACUUUCCUGGGAACCAUUGAAACUUCAACUCUAAAAAACAACGUGAAUUAUUUAAACUUCAGGUACUCAUUUUUGGAAUUUAUGAUAUCUUUGGUAUCCUCGGAGAAAAUGGUUCAAUCACCAAUUCUUGAUGAAGUAAAAGGUGAACUGCUACUAUUAAAACGUGACUGUUGGAUAGAAAGUGUUCUUGCAAGUACAGAAUUUAAAUUACAUGGUAGAUCUGUUACUAUGGAUACUCAAUAUAAGUUUGACAAUCUGCCCAAAACUGAAGAUGACUUUCAUGACAAAAUUAUCAAUUCUAGUAAAGAGAUUAUUGAAAUUUUCAGUAAGUGUGCAAAGAGGAGAAGACAAAGAACAAUCGAUUAUUUGACAAUUGAAAUAGGGUUAUUACAUUUUCAGAGAAAGGAAUAUGAAAAUACCAUCAUUUUAUUUGUGUCAUCUUAUGAAUUUUAUAUUCAAUCAAAUUGGAAUUUAAUAGGACUUAAAAUCCUAAAAGUUUUUAUUCAAUCAUUAUUGAACUGUUCAAAUAUCACUACAUUACAAAUUGAUGAUGCUUCUAUUUCUGUUUCAGAUGUACUAAAGAAUGCAUUUCUCAACUUAGUCAAUUUGUCUGAAGAUCUUGAAGAAAAAAUUUUAUACUGGCAGAAGUUCCUUGAGCUAUCCACUACAGCAGAACAGAAGAUUAUAUUUCCAGUGAAAAGUUUAUUUAACAUUGAUGUUGACGAUUGCAUAGAUUUGCUGAGACCUAAUGUUUACGGGAUUGGUCUACAUGUCAAAAGCAUAUUUACUGAGAAUUUCGAAAUUGAUAGCAUAAUAUUCAAGUUGAAGAAUAGUGAUCAUACAAUAACAUUUCGUGCUUUUGAUGUUAAUAUUAAAUUAUCCACUAUUGAAAGUACCAUCGUACUAGAGACUAAUGAAAUAUCAUUUGGCGAUUUUGUUCCCGUGGCCAUAGAAAUCAGUAUAAAAGGCAACGUAUUUGUUCAUAAUUUUCCAUCAAACAACAAUAAGAAAUAUAUUAGCAUACUUCCAUUAUAUGAUGGAAACAAUGUUUCAUUGCAUUUACAACAGGCUCGUAGCCUAAAGUUAGGUCAAUAUGCAUUGACUGCGAACCUAAAUAAUCCCUGUAAUGCAGAGAAUAUACAUCUUGAUAUGGUCGUGGUAAAAGAAGAUAGUUCCGAACCAUUUCCGAUAACUUUUGAAGAGGACGCUGACGUUCCGUAUCUAAAAAUUCAAGAUCUGUCAUUUACUUCCAAGAAAAUUGAAUACUUUCCCUCGAGGCAAAUUACCUCUUUCAAAUUAAAAGUCACUUUAUCCUUUGAUAUAGGCCGUAUCCAUUAUAAAGAAAUAAACACUAUAGAAAUCAAUUGUUUUCUACCUAUAUCGGUAUCUGUGGAGGAUAUAUUCAAGAAAAGUUUAUUUUUCUUCAAAUUUCUGCUAAAUACUUCGAUAAAGGAAGUACCAUUAUUGUUACAUAGCAGUAAAUUGAAGGCAGAUGCUGAAACAAAAUAUGACCUAUCUGGCGACUUCGAACCACCUAAGCCAAUUAUCUUAAGAUCGAACGUAACCGAAAGCUGUUUGAACUGUUAUCAAAUAAAGUGUGCUGAUAAAUUCGAUCGUAAGGACAUUUUUCAUUUAAAUAUUAAAUACAAUUCAUUGAAGGAGUACUUGGAUUUAAUCGUUACUAACUCAUUCCUACUGGGAGAAAAUGAUGAAGAGUCAAUGGACACUUUCAAGAAAUGGCGCCUAAUAUGGAAAAAUUAUGUUCUUGACAAGAUAAGCUAUGACUUUGAUGUAUUUGAUAAAGAACGUACUGUGAAGCUAUGUUCAUCUGAAGCCAUAAUUAACAAGAUUAUUUUCAUGCUCAAAAAGCCGGCUAUCCUGGAUCCAGAUAUGAAGAAGAUGAUGAUAAACUGUAUAGAGAGAUUAGUUAUUGGUAUCCCUGCGACGCAUAUCGAUGGGACCAAAUAUUUCAAAUCACUGGAACAAAAAGAAUUGAGUUUACCUGUGGAACUUCCAGAAUUCGAUCAAUUCUUCUUCGUCGAAUUUGUGCCGAAAGAACCUACUUCAAAGGUUCUGGAAGCUGGAGUCCCUGUACCAUAUCAGAUUACUAUCGAGAAUCUAGAAUGCGAAUGGAAUAGGUCUGGCAUUGAAAAAUUCGAAAAUGUCUUCGAAAUAUCAAGUAGUAACGAAUGGUUGGUGAACGGAAAAAAGAGAUUUCUCAUUCCGGAACAAUCACAAACUGUAAGCUACGAUGUAUCUUUAAUCCCAUUGAAGAAGGGGUAUCUUUCCUUCCCAGGUAUUGAGAUAACAAACACAAGAGAUGGGGCCACGAGAAUUGAUUAUGUCAAUGCCUUCGAUUCCAUACUAGUUCUCUGA